AAAAAAAAAAAAAAAAAAAAAAACUCGUUCUCGGUUUGUUUUCCAGCGCGGAGGUUUUCUUUUGGGAUGGGGCUUGACCCUAUGAUCCAGCAUGUGUGCAGCGCGUUGGCUGGCGUCUUUUUAUUGCCUUGGAACAGACUAUUUAUGCACCGCCCUUAUAGGAUCUGGUUGCUGUUGUGUUUUUUUUUGUCCUGCUGGUGCUGUACCAAUGGCAGAGGAUUAUUUGGGCGGGAAGCAAGCACAGGAGGAUUUGCCCGAAGUAGGGUUGUUUACACCACUUUUGCGGAAGAAGAGGGAAGGGUAGGUGCACGCGCCGCCCAUCGCACUGCUCUUUUCUGCGCCUUUGCGAAACAAUACACAUACCCCAAUAAUCCCAGCUUGCAACAAACGAAUAAUAUGACGUGAAAAAUAAGGGCACGGUGCACAGGGAAUGAGUAAAAUGAGUAAU